AUGCAAAGAUCAACCAGCACAAGCAAAGUUUACGACGAAUACCUAAAGUACUACUCUUCCUCAACAUCGUCGGAGGAGCUUCCUGUUGUGGAGCCGAUGGCCGAUGGGUCCAAGAAAGACAGAACCCGAGCUCGAUUCUCCGAAAAUGCCGUUCAUCUAAUUCCUUUCAUCCUCCUCCUUUGUGCCCUCAUCCUUUGGAUUCUCUCAAAUCCAGAGAUUGAUCUACCAUCAAAAGUUGAUCAAGUAACAGCAAGAGUGGAAGAAGUGUCAAAGAAGGAGGCAGAGCUUCACAUUGAUACAGAUCAAACAAGUCAUGUCAUUGCUGCCAUAGAUUUAAGGUUGGAUUUUGAUGCAGGGAAGCAAGAUGAUCGUGGCGGUGGCGGCGGCGGCAGCGAUGAUAAAAAAUUACCUUCGAUUCCAAAGAUUAAACCUUGA